AUAAAGAUAAGCAUCCCCCAAUUGUGAGGAAAAUUGUAGCUGAGAAAGUGCCAUUAAUCGUCACCGUAAGGUCAUUUCCUGGUACAUGUAUUUCAGUAGACACCGCUAAACUGAGUAACUCUUCAGUACAAGAAAUAAAAAUUCUAUUUGCUUGACUUAGAGACUGGAAUGGAAAAUGGCUGAGUUGUUUUGAAAACACCGAUGGUCCGAACUCUUUUCUAGACAUUUGACGUGUCUUCUGUGAUAAACCAGUGACCUGACUACAGUCAAAAUGGCACCCCUUGAUUGGGCAGCCAUAGAGGCUGUCAAAGUCAGUUCUAUAUCAGAUGAGCAAGCGGAUGAGCUUUUUGAUGUGCUGAAAGAUGGGAAGCCAGGAGAUGACUAUGAUGCUGCCAAAUUCAAAAAAUUGUUUGAGGUCACUCAAGCUAUUAUGGUGAAUAGAAAUCAACUGCUUGAUGAUGCGAUGAAUGAGGCUGAAGCAGAAGCAAAGAAAGCACUCAAGAAAGAGCAAGAGCUGAAGAAAGAAAAGGAAAAGCUGGAGAAGCAGGUUGAAGAAGUCAAUAAAUACGGCCCAGACACGGGAGGUGGAGGCGGCAGCCGUGAUGUUCGGUAUCUUCGGGAACAGCUGCGGGAGUUGGAGGAGAACAAUGACCAGCUCAAACAGGAAGUGAAGGAUCUCAACAGGGACUUGAACGGCGAGAAAAGAGCUGCAGAAAAGUACAGUGAAAGGAUCAGUGAACUUGAGAAGGAACUGAAGGAUACCAGGGAAGAUAAUGACCAGAUGCGCCAGGACAUCAGCGACUACAAGAUGCAGAUGCAGACUCAGAGGGAGAACAUUGUGUCUCGUCGUGGCGAGGAUGCGGAGUUCAAGGAAAAACUGGCAAAGAAAAACAGGGAGCUGGCUGAGACUAUGGAAGAGCUGCAGAACAUCUCGGAUGCUAACGACUUGCUUCAAAAGAGAUGUGAAGACUUGCAGCAAAAUCUGGAGGAUGCCAUUCAACAAAUGGACAGAACGACUGAAGAUUACAUGAAGCUCAAGAAUGUUCUUCAACAAAGUGACACUGUGACCGAUGCCCUGAGGGAAGAGAACGAAAUCCUGAAGAACCAGGUACAGGAUCUCACCGAGCAAGUCCAGUCUAAGGGUGAGGCCGACGAUGCUAUCAUGGUGGCGGUCAACCAGAAAGUGGACGAGUGGCAGGAGAUCAUGCAGGAGAAAGAUGUGCAGAUGGGGGAGCUCCAGGAGCAGUUGUUCCGCAUGAAGGAGCAGCUCAUCGCUGCCAACAUGGACUCAGACAAGGCGUCUGUAUCUGCCCUAAGUGAGGUUCUGAAAGACAAGGACAAACAGAUCGAGGAGCUGACGGAAAAGGUCGACCAGUUCACCUCUGAGAUGGAGAAGAAUGCCGCCAUUAUUGACGACCUCAACAGUGAGCUGCACCGAGCGGGGUCUUCUCAGGGAGAUAGACUGCAAAACAAACUGAAGGAACUGCAGAAUGAGAACAAAUACACCAAAGAACGUUUAAAACAGGCUGAGGAAGAUAUGAAGAAAGCGGAUGAAGACUGUCGUACCAAGGACAAGGAGCUCACCGAGCUGUUGGAGAGAAUGAGACAAUAUGAAGGGGGUGAAUAUGGUCUCAGUGACGCUGUUGCAGAGAUUAAGGAAGGCAAAAAUCAAGUCAAAAUAAGAGAAAGGGAAAUAGAGGAACUCACUCAGUACAUCAACAAAGCUGAGUUAAAGAUUAAUGAAAUCCUGGAUGAAAAUGAAGAGCUACGUUACAAGCUUGGCAUGGACCCCAAGGAGCCCUUAGAUCUGACAGAGUUCCGCAAGAACAAGGCCAUUCGACAGGAGGAACUGAAGGCUUUGAAUUUCACUUUACAGAGAGAGAUUGAAAUGCUGGAAGAAGAUCGUAUUGCCGACAAGAAGAAGAUUCGUAAAUUGGCUCAACAGCUUGGACAGAGAGCGGUGGCCCUGGGACUGUCGGCAGAGGACAUGAUGGCCGUCCAGGACUACACGGAAACGCUCAAGACAAAACGUCGCAACAAGGAGGAGCAGCAGUCAGCCGCUGUACUCAUCAGGGAACACGUGCAGAAGAACGAGAGACAAAUUAGAGACCAUGAGCUGGACAAAGACUACAAGGAGAAUAUCGUGGAGCUGCACAAGCUGGGGCGGGAGGUGGCCGAGGUGAGGGCCCAGAACCAGCAGCUGAACAAGGACAACGAGAGUCUGGAGGCCGGCUUUAAGGAGGUCAUGGAGGCCAUGCAGAAGGGGGCGGUGAUGGCAGCCGAGGGCCACGGUGAUGGUACGGAAGUUGAGAAAAGUGCCAUGCAGUUUCCAGCAAUUGAAAGAAUGCUGGCUGCUAUUGAAGCGAAGAAAGUGUUGGGUAAUUACGACACUACCUACUUCUUGAAAGAACAAGUGGACGUGUUGAAGGGGAGGAAUGAGGAACUUCGUGCGACGCUGAGAGAAACCCGAGUGGAAGCGACAAAAGCUGCUCUCGAAAGAGACAAAGCUUUUGAGAAGAUUGAGAAGCUGGAGAAGGACACCUUCCUGCUGAAUGACUCGGGCGGUGGUGCCGGACUCUUCAAUGCCAUGAAGCUUCCGGAAGGAAUGGCCCCGUCCAGCACUGAAGUGAUAGCCAGUCUCAACGAACAUCUCAUCAUAACGCUGCAGGAACUGUCGCAGAGAGAGUCAGUGAUGAAGAAAAUGGAGACUUCGCUGGAGAACUACAAAAGGAAGUAUGCAGUGAUGAGACAUCAACAAGGCUUGCUGUACCAGGAGUACCUCAAGGAUAAAAAGGAAUGGCAGGAGGAGAUGGAGAAAAAGGCCAAACAACUGACAGAGCUGUCAGGUCAAAAGCAGGAAGAUUUGGUCAGGAUCCAAGAGUUUGAUCGUUUGGUUGAGACCCUAGCCCAGGACGACGUGGAAGUACGACGGCGGCUGUCGGAGAUGACACGUCGGAUCACCGUGCUGCGGGUCAACGAGAAAGCUCUGACCAGACGACACACCACCAUGGAGGAAAUCGAGUCACACCUCCGAAAGGAAAAUACUCGACUGCGUACAGAAAUGAAUCACAUGGAGAUGGCUGUCACAGAAAGAAUUGGAUACCUUCAAAGAUACAAAGAUAUGUCGGCUUUUAAGAUAGCAGCUCUGCAAAAAGCCUUAGAAGAUUCUGUCCCUGCGAGUGAUCUGGAGAAAGUGAACAAACAAUAUCACAACCUGACGGAGAAGUACCGCGAUAUUCUGGAAAAGGGGAACAACUUGGUGUCGAAGGCUGAGGCUUUGGAAGGUUUAGAGGCUGAGAUCAAGCAGCUGACACAGGACAAUGAAGAGUUGAAGAACACUCUGAGCAUGGAAAAAGAGAAGCUGCAUGCCUUAGAGGCUGCCAUGGAAGAGCUUCAUAGAAGAGGAGUGACAGACGGCAGUGAGGUGAGCGUCACGGACGGGGACAUCAUCUCCAUCUCCAAGAAGCUGACCAUGUUGGAGAUGAAGGAGCUCAACGAGCGGCAGCGGGCAGAGCACGCCAGUCGCAUGUACCAGCAGCAGCGCCAACUUCUGCAGGAUCUGGAGAACCGCAACUCCGAGCUGGAGGAGAAAUUUGCCGGUGUAACAAAAAUGAAUUUGGAAAUGCAAAGUACAGAGAGAGAGCUGAGAGAUGAACUGAGCAACUCAGUCACAAAAAGUGUAAGUGAUGCUGACCGCAAGCGGAUUGCUACCCUGGAAGAAUCUGAGCUGACCCUGAAGCAAGAGAUCUCCAAACUCAAGGAAAUUACUGAGGUCGCUUCGACACAAGUGAAGACUCUAGAGACUCAGAAUCUCUCUCGGGAGAAAGAAUUUCAUUCCAUGAGACAACAGCUGCUGGACUUUCAGGUGCAGAGUGAUGAGAAAACGAUCAUAGGCAAGCUUCACCGCCACAUCGUCCAGCUCCAGGUGAGCGAGGGCUCGGCGGUCAAGCGUCUGGAGGAGGCCCAGAAGAAAGUGACCAAGCUGGAGGCCCAGGCCCUUCGCAUGGAGCAGCGAGUUGACGACAAGGACCAGACCAUCUACCACAACAAGCAAGAGGCGCAGGGCAAGUCCAGGUACCUGCGCCGCUCCCUGCAGGUCCGUCAAAAUAGAGAGGAGAUGGAAGACAAAGUUGCCUCCCUGUCCCUGCAGCAGACCAGCCUACAGGAGCUGAUUUCAACGCUCAAGGACGGCCGAGGGGCGCAGAAAGUAGCAGAGUGGCACUCCAAGAUAGACGGCAUUCGCCUGGAGGAGCUGAAACAGAAGAGGAAUAACUCCAAACUACAGCAGCAGAUCAAGUAUCUGGAGGAAAUCAUUCGCUCUCAUGAGGUGACCAUUUCGGAGCUGGAGGCUGAUAAUGUUAGAAUGAUCAAGGAUUAUGAAGAAAAACAAAUGAGAUGGGAGCUUCGAGAGGGUGAACUGGAGAGAACAAUUCUGACCAUGGAAAAACACACAGCGGAGAUUGCUGGGGCUGCUUCUAAGUUUGAGCAAGCCAUCGGAGCUCUUCCUAACGCCAAGCUGCCUGUGGCUAACCAGCUGGAGCAGGCUAUUUCAACCAUCAAGGGCAAUGUCAAGGUCAUCCUUGAUACCCAGGCUGAAAUCAAAGUUGUGAAGAUAAGGAAUCAAGAGCUGGAGAAACAGCUGAGAGACUCAGAGCGAGGCAUCAUCGAGAGAGACAAACUCAUCUCUGAGCUGCGCCUACGCAUGCCGGCAACGGCUGACCGCGAUGAGAUCAUCACGAAGGCGCAAGCCAAGGUGCAGCAAGCGGUGAAGCGGCAGGAGACAGAAGGCUCUGACUACGAGGGUCAGCAAGCUCUCAGGAUUGCCCAGAGCACCGUGCACAGUCUUCAGCAACGUGUGAACCAGAAGGACGAGACUAUCGCCAAGUACCAGCAGCUGCUGCGUCAGGGCCGCGAGGACAUGGUGGAGAUGAACAAGCGACACGAGCAAGAGCUGCGCGCCAUGCAGCAGAAGCUACACGUCAACACCGACAUGGCCUUCACCAAGUUCAAGGAUGCAGCACGGGAACUCAUUAACAAGCAGACGCCAAGCAAGGGGAUUUCUGCUCAGCAGCUGAACAGGUUGAAUGAACUGGAGGACACUGUAGCAGAGCAGGAGAACAGCAUCGCCGCCCUCCAUGAAAAGAUACGAGAAAAGGAGGGAGAAAAUCUCAAGUUACGGGCCAGCCUAGAGGUGGCGAGGAAAAAUUAUGAAUCAGAACACAGCAGACUGACAGAGGAGCAGCGGGAGAUGCUGGGAAGGAAAGAAGGGGAAGUUGGGGAAGUCCACAGGGAGAACUCAGAGCUGCGGCAGGAGGUGAAGGUGCUACAAGAGGAAAUCGAAGCCUUGAAGGAGACGGCCCAGCGUGGUCCAACCAGCACCAUGAAGAACAUGGUAGAGAGGCUGAAGAACCAGCUGGCACUGAAGGAGAAGCAACAUCAGGCACUGAGUAAGGCGUUGAGCGACCUCCGAGCAGACAUGGUGACCCAGGCCCAGGAGAACGUCCAUGUCCACGCUCAGGAGUCGGCUCAGGAGAAGAACAUCCAGAAAUUGAUCAACGAGCACACCAAGGAGAUAUCCGAACAGCUGGAAGAGCAACAAAGUGCUGCAGAGAGAUUGAAGCGUGAGCUGAAGAAGAAGAAAGAAAGUGAAGGUUUGCUGCAGACGGAGCUGGAGGACGUGAAAGAGGAGCUGGGUCGCAAGGAGAGGUCGGUGAACAAACUCAAGUCUUCCAAGUCUCGACUCGAGACUGAAGUAGAUGAGUUGGAGAAGAAAGUGGAGAGACUGACAGCUGCUAAGAGCCUGAAAACUGGUGACUUUGAGAAGCAGCAAGAGCUAGACGAGAUGAGACGUCGCUGCCGGGCGCUGGAGGAGCAGCUACAGAGGCAGCAGAUGGCUGAGAAACCUCUAGAGCAAAAGGAAGAGAAGACAAAGACGGAGGACACAAUCCGUUGGGAGGAAAGCAAGAAAUGGCAAAGAACGAUUGACAAGAUGAAAACAAAAAUAAAGGAAAAGGAUGCGGAGAUUGAGAACUUGAGUCGAACUGUGGACAGGCUCAAAGCCACUCUGGAGAGGACUAGCAGGGACACACGUCCGAUACAGAAGUCGUCUGCUGUUCCAGUGAGUGCAGCGCCCCCUAGUGGACGACCCGACCAUGAGAAGGCCGACCUCAGGGAAACGAUUUACAAGCAGCAAGAGGAGAUAAAUGCCUUGAAACGUAAGGCCAUGAUGAGCGAGGACGCGGCCUUCAAGGAGGUGCAGAUGAGGAACCAGCACCUGAGAGAACAGCUGGAGCAUAUGGAGCGAGCGCUGGCAGCCAAACCACAGGAUGCCGGUGUGGGGGCUGCAGAGUACCAGCAGCUUUUCGGCAAAAAUCAAGAUCUUCAAAGAGAAGUCAUGAGGUUAUCAGAGGAGAACCUGGAGUUGAGGUUUGAAGUGGAAGGAUCCCGUAAGGACAUUCCCAGGCUGAAGGAGCGAAUUGAGGAUUUGCAGAGGUAUGUGGAAGCUCUGAAGUUUGAGAAUGGCCAACUGACCGGUGACUCUGCUAGAUCUAGUCUAUCCAGCAUCAAAAGGAUCGGUGAGAGCGGCAAAAGCCAGAGGGAGCUGGAGAAGACGAUCGCGCUGCUGAAGAAAGUGGUGGAGCGUCUGCAGGCGGAGAACGGUGCUCUGAAGAAGGCGCCGGGCGUGGUGAGCCAGGAGCAAGUGUCUCUCUUGAAGAGGGAGAACGAGGGACUCAAGGGUCAGAUGGAGGAGAUGAGGCAGAGCAUGGGUCUGGAGCUGAGUGAGAGGUACACAGCCCAGCAGAAGGGCACGGCCAAGAUGAUGACGGACUUUGAAAAGCUCAGGAAGGAGCUGGCCAAGGAGAGGGAGGAGAACGAGCGGCUGAGGGUGAAGUAUCGCUCGCUGGAGGUGCAGGGAGAGCACCAGGACAAGGAGCUGAGGGACACCAGGUCUCGGCUCGAGGUGGAGGCGGCCAAAAAGCCCAGCAUCGCCGCCAUGGAUUCGCAGGGCUGGAAGUCAGCGGUGCAGACGAGGAUGUACGAGGAGAAGAUUCGCAGCAUGGAGUCGGACUUGGAGAAGAAAAGCAAACAGCUGCAGGACACCAAAGUGCUGCUCAGAGAUGCUGCGGAGAGAGAACAGGCCUUGAUCCAGGAGAAGGAUGAGCUUCUGCAAAAGGUUUCAAUUUUGGAAAGAUUCCCAGCUGGUAGCGGGGCCCUGGACAGUAAUCUCACCAAAGAUUAUCAGCAAAUCAGAGUACGUGUUGAGAGGCUGGAGAAUGAGAAGAAGGAGCUUCUGAAUGAACUCAGGCUGGCAAGACAACAACAGUCAUCAGCCGCUGCCUCAGACCCAACUCAGGUGACGGAAGACGUGGUCAGCAAGGCCAGUGGUUAUGACCGCAUCACCCGAGAAAACAUUGAAGUGCGCAUGGACCUGAAAGCAAUGGAAUUGGAGAAAGAAAAGUACAAACGAGAAGUAGAAAAGCUGAAAAAAGAACUGGGCAACUUUGGUCCUGAAUUUUUCGACGAAAUCGAAGACUUGAAGUACAACUACAAGCAGAGCGUUCAGAGAAAUGUUUUGUUGGAGGAGAAGCUCAAGCAAGUGGCUCGGCAGUUUGGAGUGUCUAUAGACAUCCCUGGCUUUGACUGACACUACUAGAUGGUCUCUGUAUAUCUGUUUGUUAUUAUUAUUUGUUAUUGUUCUCUUUAUGUUAAUGAUCUACUUAAUUUAGAAUUUAACUGAGGCAGCCAACCGGGGCAGGCCUGCUCUAUGACUAGUUGACCGGUGCUCUGGUGUGGUUUGUUCCUUCUUUUCUAUCAAAUAUCUAUUGUCUUUAUUAAAUCUCUCCUCCUGUU